CUGCUUUGUACAUAAUGUAAGUUGUCUACAUGCAUUACAUAAAUAAUCACAAAAGGAAACCGAAUGACAUCACAGGAAUGUUUAAACUCAUGAGGUCUAUUAUUUACGCUCAGACACGUGCCAUCAUCUCUCUCUGGUGCUUAUUAUAAAUGUCAUCUCAGGGUCAGUUUUAUUCUUUGUAGCUGGAGUCCCAUAUCAAUGUGGGGUUUUAUACCAGACAAAACAGAUUAGUGCAAGCAUGCAAUUUAUCUUCUCUUUGUUAUUGAAUCUCUAAUCUGAUCUGUGAAGAAGUGGUUGUGCUUUUUUAGAGAUCAUCCUUUAUUGUAUUAAGUGAUAUCUGUAAAUAUUUUUUGUUCACUUUUUGUAGCAUAAUAUGUCAGUUUCUAAUGAUAGCAUAGUUAUAUACAUCAUUAUACAUCAGCAAAUGUUCCAGCCUGUUCUGUCUGAAGGAUUAGUAUCAAAAGUCUCUUUUGCAAUUUUAAUGUCUCUGUUCUUUAUCUAUUUGAAUGCUAUCAUGGUCUACACUCUUUGGAGUAAGUCUGUUUUUAAAGAGACACCACGCUACAUUCUGUUUAACCACAUGCUUUUUAAUGACUUGAUUCAGCUCUUUGUUACGUCUUUGUUGUAUAUUUUAAGUCUCGCCUAUCUUAAUGCACCUUUAAACCUGGCUGUGAUGUCAGUAGAGAGUUAUGUGGCUAUAACAUUUCCUCUAAGACAUGCUGAAAUAGCCUCUCAGAAAAAAACUUAUAUUGCUAUUGGAAUUAUUUGGUGUAUGAGUAUGAUACAAUUUAUAAUUGACUUGUUUUAUGUAUUGUUGACUGAUCCUACAUUUUUUUCAUCACAAAUAUUUUGCACAAGAGAAGGGCUCUUCAUAAAGCAAUGGCAACUAGAUGCUUAUCAGGUGGUUAAUAUGUUCUACUUUGUGUCAUUGUCUGUAAUCAUCCUUUUCACUUAUAUUAGAAUUUUGAUCACAGCCAGAUCCAUCACCUCCAAUAAAGAGUCUGCUGCAAAAGCUCACAAGACCGUGCUGCUGCACAUCAUUCAGCUGGGCCUGUGCCUCACCUCUUUUCUCUACAGCAUUAUAGAGCGAGCUGCAGCAACGAGCAGCACCAGCACCAGCCUCUUUAUGGACCUGCGUUAUCUAAACUAUUUGUUUGUGCUGAUCUUGCCACGAUGCUUAAGCCCACUCAUCUAUGGACUUAGAGACGAUGCUGUAAGACCAAUAUUCAUCUACUACUUUCGCUGUGCCACAGGCAAAAGCAGGACUACUGUCAGAGUACAGUGAAUGUAAGCCAAGCUAUGUUAUUUUUUGUUGUAGAACAACAACAAGAAAAUAAAAUAUGAUUUUUU